UAUACUUUGAAAAUGUGCCUAUGCUCUAUAGGCUAUCGACUCAUUACAAGUGAAUACUUAUUUGCUUGCGCUGCUCUCUGAAAUAUCCUAGCGGAUUGGCUUUUUGUUUUCCACGCUCCAGCCUAUGUUUAAUGACAAUUAUAUAGAUAUUUCACAUUUGUGCUAGCGUAAUUUCGUUUAAACGAAGGCCAAAAUGGAUUCUGAAUCCCACCCAAACCCAGAUUUUUGGCACUCUUGAAUACCGUUAUAAUCACCAAGAGAGCUUCAAGUGGCCUAUCAUAAGCGAAGCCGAGACAAUCACGCUCCUUUAUGUUGCAAGUUAUGUACAUUGUCUCCUAUGAAUAGUGCGACGUUCAAGAGCCUCUUCACAUCCUAGUCUUGUGUACAGAAAUUCGAUUUUCGAUUACGGCUAUUAAAAUUAAAAUAUGCAAUUCUUCUGGUGGCGCGAUGCCUUCUCUGAUUGACAGUUGAAAUUGACACCCUGGCUGCCUCUAAUCUCGAGCAUUUGAAGCCAUCACUAAUUGCAGGUAGUCCAUCUUUUCAGUGUUUUCGAUUGCAUGGGAACUAUUAGGCUAUGCGAUUAUUUUAGGAGGUAGUUUACGGGUUGUACAUAAAGGGGAAAAUAAAUCCUAAUUCUAAUUGCUUCAUCAAAAUUAUCUUUUGUUGCCAGGAUUUAAAUGCCUGAGAAAGUAUUAUUCAUUGUUUUGCACCGGAUAUAGCUUGAGGUAUGGGCUGGUAGGGAUGCAUAGCCGAAAGCGCAAAGCAGAGCAGGGCGCAGAGCAGACUUCAGUCGCAGCUCCAGGCUUCAUCUACACGGCUGUUUUUCCACAAACAGAAUAGCUUCAUAAUGUCUCACUCCGACGGGGAGCUUCACGAGGAUGUGAAAGUAGAGGCUCCUUUCCUGCCCAGUCCUCCGGUAACACCGUCUAUGUGCUCGCCUCCGACCCUGGCCUCCCCGACGCCGGUUCGUUCCACCGGGAAAAACCAGUGUGCCAGCUGCGGCACAGAGAUCCAAGACAGAUACCUACUGAAGGUGAAUAAUUUGAAUUGGCACGUGGGAUGUCUGGAGUGUUCAGUCUGCAGAGUAUCAUUACGUCAGCACAAUAGCUGCUACAUCAAAAACAAAGAAAUCUUUUGCAAAUUGGAUUAUUUCAGUAGGUUUGGCACCAAGUGUAGCCAGUGCGGGCGCCAGGUGUAUGCCACUGACUGGGUACGGCGGGCACGGGGCAGUGUGUACCACCUGGCCUGCUUCGCCUGCUACUCCUGUAAGAGGCAGCUGUCCACGGGGGAGGAGUUUGGUCUGGUGGAGGGCAGGGUGUUGUGUCGGGCCCACUACGACACCAUGGUGGAGAACCUCCAGAGAGCGGCGGAGAACGGGACAGGUCUCACUUUAGAGGGAGCCUUGCCCUCUGAUCAGGAUGGCCAACCCAAACCAGCCAAGAGAGCACGCACUUCCUUCAGCGCUGAGCAGCUACAGGUGAUGCAGUCUCAGUUUUACCAAGACAACAACCCUGAUACCCAGACCUUACAGAAGCUGGCAGACAUGACAGGACUGAGCAGACGGGUCAUACAAGUUUGGUUUCAAAACUGCAGAGCAAGRCAUAAAAAGCAYCCUCCCCCCCAGCACAACGGUCACCUCCAGGGCGCCCCUUACCCCCACUCUAGAUUGCCCCCCUCACUGCCAGAGAACCUCUACUCCCCCUUCAGCAGUCCUGACAGACCACACCUGCUGGCUCUGCAUGGAUACAUAGACAGUCAUCCCUUCUCGAUGCUGUCCUCCCCUAACCACCUCAUCCACCCAGGCAUGACCUUACCACAGUUGCCCAUCAGCCACUAAGUAAUACCCCUGAGACCACCUCCUCCACAAGCCGUCUCUCUCGCGGACCUUUCCAUCCCAAAACUUUGAGAACAGUUCAACAUUUGUCUCUUCCAUUUUACUAUACAAGAGGACUUUUACUGUCUCCAUAGUAUGCCAAGGUGGAGAUAUCACAUAUUCAAAUGGAUGGACGGUUUUAUAAAGGCAGCCAGACUUUAGAUUGUCGUUGGAAAAACAUCCCAGUUCAAUACAAAUGUGGUAAUCAUCAGGACCAGAUUACACCACCCAUUCCUUGACAGGGAAUGAGUUGGAUCUCCAGGACCAGAUUACACCACCCAUUCCUUGACAGGGAAUGAGUUGGAUCUCCAGGACCAGAUUACACCACCCAUUCCUUGACAGGGAAUGAGUUGGAUCUCCAGGACCAGGGUUGGGAACAGGAAGACUCUUCCAACAGAACAUCUCAAUUCACUCACUGCGGAUUCAGAUUUUUCAUUGUCUUAUUCAUCAACUUUUAGUACUGAAGGUAUUUUAUGUUUCAAUUCCAUUCGUUUUAAAUAUGACUUUUUUUCUGUUACUCCGUCUGCUUGUUUUCCUGUAUAAAACCCUCCCAUGCAUGGACUACAUAUUCCUGUGUAAGGUGAGGAUGACGACUCUUCUGAUCUUGUGUGUUUAGAGAGAGGCGGUCUUGUGUGUUGUAUUUACUUAUUUCGCUCGUGAAAUGGAAGCUUGUGUCCAUUUAUUUAUUUAAAAAAAAGAUACUUCACCUAGAAGCACUUUUAAAAAUGCUUUCAAAUUAAGGGAAAUCAUUUAUUGUAAAUUGUACAUAUUUUACUGAUGUAAUAAAAUGUGCCUAAAAGAGUGUUGGAAAAAUAGAUCUGUUGAAAAAUAGAUAAUUUCACGUAAAUUCACAUAGAAAUAAAAAACUUUGGUUUUUCAGCAAGACAUGAAGGAUUUAAGUGCCAUAAUCUUACGUUAAGGAUUUAAGUCCCAUCAUCUUGUGUAAUAGGGAGAAUGCUGUGCUGAAGAUAAAAUACACAUUUUAACUUAUUAUUUCACAAAUGCGCAUGCACACAUCCACCCACCCACUCACCCCGCUGAUAGAAGCACCUUACACUCAUUGAACAACAUUAAAUCCAUCAGGCCACCCGGUAAAGGCCAAGUAUCCUUUAUAACCUGUAUUUAACAGCAAUAUUCAUAGGUAUGUAAUGAUCAAGCUACAGGUUGAGGGUCCCCAAUUUAGUCCCUAUGUGUUUAACGUCCGCAACAAUCAAUCCGAUGGCAAGAACCAUUCAAAGCGUUUAACUCUGUGGAUAGUAUUGAUCUAGCACUCUGUUUAAUUCCAUAUGUCCAUUUAACUGUGUUAAUCUGAAAUUGUUGUAUUGAUUGGCAGCACUCAAGCUGCAUUUGUGGCGAAAAAACUGAAUAAUGAACUCAGGAAAAUAUAGUCUUGACCGUUUCCUUUGUUAGCGACCCCAGUCAGUUAUCUGUUUUAACACUUUGCCUGGAUCAAUUCCCAUUUUAAUGCUCUCUUCAAGUAGGUCGACGGUCUGUCUUCCCUGAUAUUUUAGAAUUUGACAAAAUGAGAGAAGAAUUCAGCUCAACCCACCUUGAUAAAAAGCAGUACAAUGCUUCAACAUGUUUUACUACCUGUUAUUCUUUGCCUUAUAAAAUUGAAGUGAAACACGGAAUAUA